AUGGAUAGAGUUAUAUACAUUAAAGAAGUUAAAAGAGCAUGGGAUGGAUUGAUAAGUUACUAUCAAGGAUCUGACAAGGUCAAGAAGGUUAGAUUACAAACCUUGAAAAGAAAAUAUGAAUUAUUGCAGAUGGAGACAAUUGAAACAAUAUCAGAGUUUUUCUCAAAGACACUGAAUCUUGUCAAUGAGAUUAAAGUUAAUGGAGAUACUAUAGAAGAUUCAUCCAUUGUAGAGAAGAUCUUAAGAAGCUUGCCUGAGAAGUUUGAAUCAAAGGUUACUGCUAUAGAGGAAUGCAACACAUUUGUAACUAUGACUCUUGAUGAGUUGUUGGGUUCAUUACAAGCUUAUGAACAAAUAUUGCUAGAGAAAACAGCUGCUGCGUUGAAGAGGCACUUCAGAGUCAAGUUAGCUGGAGAAGCAAUCAAGGAAAACCUAAUGCUGGAAGUUUUCAAGGAAGAUAUAACAAUGGAGGGAGAUCUAAUACUGGAGGUUAUCAAGGAAGAAAACCAGUUGAUAGAUCAAAAAUUCAGUGUUAUAACUGUGGAGAUUUUGGACACUUUUCUGUUGAGUGUAAAAAAACCUAGAAGUACAACAUCUAAUAACUACAAGGAAAAUUUUAAAGAUAAUAUUGCAGAAAGUCAAGAAGAAGAAGAAGAAGAAGAAGAAGAAAAGAAAACUGAGAAUAUGUCGUUGGAUUGCCAUACACCUGAAGAACAGCCUCAACAUAAGUGGUAUCAAGAUACAGGUUGCAACAAUCAUAUUUGUGGAAGAAGAGAGAUGUUUGAUAAUCUUGAUGAAUCAGUACGUUCAUCUGUGAAAUUUGGAAAUAAUUCUACAAUUCCAGUUAUAGGAAAAUGA